AUGAUAAAAAAAAGGAUAACAAAAUAUACAUUUUUCCCCUUUGAAAAAGAAGCAGAACAAGUAGAUAUUUUCAGCACUGAUAAAUUGAAAGCCAGUUCUACAGAAUUACUUGAAAUCCAACAAGAAGUUCUAAAAAAAUACGUAAACAUCAACCCUAUUUUGGUGCUUAGUGAAUAUCUUAUAGAAGAAUACAAUAAAAAGAAUGAAGACAAGAAAACAAGUGAAUAA